AUGCCACCAAAACUACCAGAAGUUGAUGAAGGAGUUUUUGAUGAAGUUGAUUCUGCACUCUUUGAAGCUCAACGAAUCAAAGGCCAAUUAUUAAAAAAAGAAGCCCAAUCCAUCGCAAAUCGUUCAGUUUAUUUCGGAAACAAAAUUAAAGAUUCCAUUGAAAAAUACAAAGAAGCUGCUGAUUUUUUCAUGACAGGAAAUGACAAUCAACAAGCUAUUGAUUGUUUCGAGCAGGCUUUGAUUUUAAUGGAAAAGAAACCAAAGGAAUUUAGAUCACGUGAAAAGGGUGAAGUUUAUUUGGAAAUUUCUGAAUGUUUGAGAGAAAUUGGAGUGAGAACAGUGAAAGAAAUGGAAAGAUUGGAAGAAAUUACACAAAAUGCCUGUAUUUUAUUGGCAGAAGAUGGAAAAUUCUAUAAAUCUGCAGGAAUUGAAAAGGAUUUGGCUAAAUUUUUGGAAGAGGAAGGUCCUUCAGUUGAUAAUGUUGGUGAAUUGGAGGAAAAUUACUUUUACGCAAAGGCAAUUGAACAUUAUAAGAAUGCAGGUGAAAUGUUUCAGACAGAAAACAGUAAAACCAGCAUGAUGGAAUGUUUCUUGAAAUGUGCAGAGAUUUAUGGAUUGAUUGCUGAUUAUUCAAAUGCAAUGAAAUAUUUUGAAAAGGUUGCUUCUGUUUUGGCAUCUGAGAAAUUAACUGCUUUCAAUGCACGUGAACCAUUAUUGAGAUCUUUCCUUUGUAAAAUCCUAGAAAAUUUAGCAAAAGCUGAAAAUGAUGACUUGACAGGUGCUCUAUGUCAAGGUUAUGAAGAUUUGAGAGAUUGUUAUGAUAGAUACUGUGAAAUUUGCAUUCAUUUGGAUGGUUCUUUGGAAGGAAAUAUGAUUUUAAAGUUAAUUGAAUCUGUCAAGAAGAAAAAUCCAAAAGAAAUGGCCUCUGCUUUGAAAAAGUUUGACAAGAUGAAAACUCUCGACAGUUGGAAUACUACUCUCCUUCUCAAAAUUAAGGAGGCAAUUUCUGUAUUGGAUUUGACCUAAUUCGUCACAAAUUUUCACACAAAUAAAACUCAAAGUAUUAUU